AUGCACCUGAAACCCCCAAAUGCGCCCAAACUCCUGUCCCACCGAUUCCCAUCCCUCCCUCCCAUAUUCCAGCAUCCACCCCCCCGCACCACCCCCGCCCCUCUCUUCAUCCUCCGAGCCGGGGGCGGAGGCGAGGGCGGGCCGGGGCCAGCGUGCACCUCCCCCGGUUGUAGGGGGGGAGAAGCGGGGCCGGGAGGGCAGCGGGUCCGGGGGAGGGCAGCGGGUCCGGGGGAGGGCAGCGGGCGCACCUCCCGCCGCAGCGGGGAGAGCGCCGGAGCCGCGGCGGACACGGCCGCGCACAGCACCAUGCGGGCACCGCUGCUGCUGCCGCUGCUGCUGCUCGGUGUCAGCUCUCAGGAUGCUCCAACUCCUUCAACCCCAGGAGGAAAGGUCACCACAAUUACUACAAGCAAACCAGGAGAGCCAUCACCCACCUCGACCCCAUCAGCUGCCGUAGUUCAAGGGACCACCCCUGCAAACAAGCUAGAAAAUUCAUUGUCCACCUCUGUGGUAACAACCACCACUGCUGCAGUGACCACCAUUACAAGUCCACCAUCCACCUCUGUGAAACCAUCUUUCACAAGUCAAGGGCUCACCUCCCCAGACAACCCAGGAAACCUACCACUCAUCCCCACAUCAGCACCCCACCCACCUCAGCAGAACAGCUCCUCAGCCAGCUCUAGAGCAUCACCAACCAGCCAUGCUGUAACCUCCAGUGCUGCCCAGCAGAAGACUAGCACUUCAGGCAACUUGGGAGGCUUGGCAGACACUGCUACUCAACGUCCUGCCCCCAGUUCUGUCAGCAGCACUCCAGCCACCACAGGAAGUUUAGGAACUGGGGUUGCAUCCUCUCCCAGCCUGAAAGCUCAGGGAAGCCAGUCUGUGGACCAGUUGACCAGCACCACUGCAAGCACUGGAGUGCCAGUGACCAGCUCUUGUCCUGGGCUCAAGGAUUCUUGUGUCACUCCUCCCACACCUAUCUCAAAACAGCCUGACUCUUCUUCCAGUUCUCCAGUUCCAGGAUUGGCCUCUGCCAGCACACUUGGAAGCACUGGCACUUCUGUUACCCCUCUUGGUGGACCUGUGUCCCACCCCACUAGCAAAGCCUCUCCAUCUUUACCACCUGACAGCACUGCAAAGGUCUCAGAGGCAACCACCGCACCAACUUCAGGAGGAGACCAGAAGAGCCCAGAAGCUGGAUCUGUGCCAACCAAACCUUCAAGCACUCCCCAGAGCCCUGCCACUGACCAGCCACCGACCGCAGCCCUGGGGAACCAGACCGAGUGCAGCACAUGUGGCCUCCAUCACCCUAACAUUUCUUUGCAAAAUGAGAUCAUCUGCAAAGACCAAGUGCAGAACAACUUGCCCAACAUGUAUCUGAAAGAAGCCAGAACCUGUGCCGAGUGGAGGAGUGCCAGCACCAACAAGUCCUUUUUUGAGAGCUUCUGCUCGACAGGCCAGCACACCUUCAACGCCAGCAGGGAAGCAUGCACCGUGACGCUGAGCUCCCACGAGCGCCGCUCCCAGCACUGGGCCGUGCAGGCAGUCUUGCACAUUCCUUUGGACUCUGAACAAGUCCUUGAGGAGUUGAAGGAGAAGAAGAAGUUAGAAGAGCUCGGCAUCGCCAACAUCACCUACGACAAAAGGGAGCAGGAGAUGGUAAUCAACGACGAGUUCAGCACGCCCCUGAUCAUCACCAUCGUCACCCUGGCCGGCUCCCUGCUGCUCAUCGCUGCCAUCUACGGCUGCUGCCACCAGCGCUUCUCCCAGAAGAAGGACCAGCACAUCCACCCUGAUCUCCCCGGGUUUGAUGAUGGACAUGUGGCCCUGAUCUUUAAUCAGCGCCUGACCGAGGAGCUGCAAACAAUGGAGAACGGUUACCACGAUAACCCCACGCUGGAGGUGAUGGAGACCUCCUCUGAAAUGCAGGAGAAGAAAGUGAACCUCAACGGCGAGCUGGGGGACAGUUGGAUCGUUCCUCUUGACAGCCUCAUCAAGGAGGACCUGGAGGAAGAGGAGGACACGCAUUUAUAGGAUGCAGAACUUGAUCAGGCAAAAAGUGACCACCCCUCCCCCCCCCCCAAAAAAAAAUAUAGAGCCCAGAAUCCCUACACACACAGAGCUCCAAAACAAAACUCCCAACACAGCCCAGAGAGUACUUUAAUAAACUAAUCAUGGCCCCUUAUGCCACUAUAUGGAGUGCAGGGUUGAAGAGGAUGGGACAUGAGAAGGCACCUCCAGGGUGUCAGCACAAGCCACCGUGGUGGCUGCAUUCAGGCAAGCAUCCUCCAUCACCCAUGGGUGCUCACCAGGACCUACCAUGCCAGACCUGACCAGCUGUGGGCAAAGGCAGUGGCCUUGCUCCUGAAGAGAUCCUGCUGUCUCCUCCAAGGGUGUCCCCUCCCCUCCUGCAGGAUGGAACCACACCAACCUCAUCCUGUUCAGCAAUUUAAAAGGCAAAAGAACUACAUGUAACUAGGAUGGGCGAAGGAGCAUCUCCUGACAGCAAACCAGCACCUGGCAACUAGAGCUAGAAAGAUCCUCUGGCCCACGCAUUUUAGUCAUCACUCUGCCCUCCUCGACACCCAGGCAUGGAGCAGAGAAAGCUGGCACAGCCUGUUCCUUCCCAAUCCACUUCCCACCUUCCCAGCACAGACACGAGAGAGCCCUGUGCUGUGCCACAGGCAAAGGAAAGCCUCCAGACCUGGCCAACAGGAAGGCUGUGGCGGUGCCAAGUGAUGCUCAAUCCUGUGCCACCACCAGCUGUGCCACAAAGGGCUGCAGGAUGCAUCCUGCACCCAGCUGAAGACCAGGAGAAUCCCAGCAGCUUGCUGUAUAGAUGCAAAGGGAAGGAGAAGGAGUGCUGCCCUCAAGUUCAACCCUCCUGGGAGGUGUGCAAUGAGACUAAGAGCAAUACCUGAUCACCAGCCCAGGCUGGGAGUUUCAUGGUGCAGGAGCUCAGCUCCAGCUCUGCUGCUGCACUUCCCAACAGAAGCAGUGGUUGCCUUCCAGGAAUAUGCAACAGCAGCUCACAGGCCACCUCCAUCCCCCUUGAGACCACGGAUUACAUGCACAAGGAUGGGUUGUGACUGUUGUGGUCAUCUUGUCCUGCAUGUGCAGCAGAGGAGGUAAGAGAGCAAUGGAAGCAUGAGCCAGGUAGCUCGGAGUUAUCCAGGGUUUUCCAUCGGUGCAGCCCUCAGUGUUUCCUCCCCACAGGGUUCAUAACUUCACUCCACAUUCUCAAGCUCUUCUUCAAAAGCCAGUGAGAUAAAAGAGACCUGCAAUGAAACUUCCAGCUCAGCAGCAGAGCUGGGCCUGAGCUUUGUCCUGCAGCCCCUGGCUUCUUGUCCAGGCCUCCCUUUGUUGUGAGUCUGGAGAAGAGAAAGGGAAAAUACGCAAGGAGGAGAAAGUGGCUGGGCUGAGGCCAUUUCUGCUUUUCUACUCCCCACCACAGCUCCUAAACGGCUCUAAAAGGAUGGGCAGAGUUUCACACCUUUGUUCUGGCAUUAGUAAAGCAGAGGUCAGAGCAGGGCUCCAUCCUGCAGCAGGAGAAGACAACCAGAACGUCACUUGGGUGAGUGCAUCUCCCAGCACAGGAGGAUGGUGGUGGUCCCAAGCCCUUUAUAAGGCAGAGGAGCUGCAGAUGAAGAGCAGUGGCCAAGCACAGCCCUUCUUCUCCCCUGCCUGCCAUUGACCAUUGCACCAUGGGGUGAUUUCCUUCAGGCUCAACCACCAAGUCAACAAGAUGGAGAUCUGCUUCCCAUGGCUGCCAUAAACAAGAGGAAAGGCAGAGCUGAGCAAUGGAAAACUUGGUGAAAAUACACUCAAACCCAGAGUGCAUUUUCAAGGCAAGGCAGACCUCAGGAGUACUCACAAAGGAGAGGGUCAGGGUGGUUUGCUCAGCCCCAGCACAGAAGCUGGCAGAAGAUAGAUCUUCUCAAAGGGACUGGCUCUUCUCCCACCUCUCCUGCACCAAAGGGCAGAGUUUGAAGUGUUCAAACCUAUAUAUUUUUGUAUGUAAAUAUUCCUGCUAUUCUUUAGCAAUGUAUUCAGCACACUUCACUUACCUGUGCACUGCACUGUGGGGAAGCAAUU